UCGAACGCUCGACGUGUCGUGUUUAAUUUUUUUUAACUGACGCGAAAAUUUAUUCCCACCCCCUACCAUCAACUUUGAUUAAAUAUUUCGUGUGCUAGUGUGCGUGUGUGUUUGCGCCAAAAGGCGCCAUUUUUUCGUGAUCUCUUUAUUUUGUUAUUAUUUUGUUUGUUUGUUUUAAAAAAUAUUCCAAAAAUGAGUAGCAUGGUAGACAAACAAGAGAUCAUUGAUAUGAUCCGGUUAAAGUCUCCACGAUUGGAAUUGGUUUCAUUCGAGGCUGGUAAAUCGGAAGCUUGGCGUUGGUUCAAACGUGUCAGAGUCGACGGUGCCGUUUUACCCUACGCCGUUUGUAAUGGAUGUUUCAAACCCGUUCACUACACGCCGAGAGAUGGUACUGGCGGAUUGAGACGGCACGCUUGCCCGCUCACGGUGGCCAUGGCACAAGCCAAAUCGGGUUUGACACAAUCUAAAACGCCCUCACCAAACAGUGGCGCCAGAAAGAAUCAACGCAACGGUUCGGGAGCGGCUACUCCCGACAACAACGCAACAUCAACGUCGUCGGCGGCGGCAUCACCUCGAUCGAGAGCAGCAAACAAUGGCAAUUCUUCAUCUCGACGUUCAGCAACCGUUCCAGUUAGUCUUACCAUGUGGGCCGCCGAAAAAGGCCUAGUUGAUUUGAGCAAUUCUGCAGGAUUGCCAUCUGGCGGUUUGUCGAUCGCUAGCGCAUUCGCCGCCCUCCAGGGCAUCGUCCCGCGAUGUUCCCCCUACCUCAGCACCUCAUCCUCUUCUUCGGCCAACAACCCUCAGGCACAUCAGCAACAACUGCAGCUCCCGCCGAUCUCUGAACACCACCCCCUACAGCAGAACCACCACCACCAUCACCACCAUCGCCACAAUGGCGGUUCUUCUUCGCCCAAGAUGGCCGACUCUGCACUCGAUUUGGCCAUGAAGAAAUCGUCUUCUCCGGAACCCAACGACCACGAUGAUGAUGCAAUUCCAGAGGGUCGUAAAGCUCAAAGCAUUGUCGAUCAUAUUUUAUUAAACAUUAGCCAUCAAGCAAAAUUGGAGCAACAACAACAGAAUGGCGGGUCCUCUUCUUUAAUCAAGGACGCUAAUCAAAACGAACAAACUUCUCGAUUCUCCAUUGUUCCGGCGUCACGUUCUUCGUCGGGAUCGACACGUCGGCCCAGGAAACGUUCCAAUCCCGAUCGUGCCAUUCCGUCCAAUCGCACAUUCAGCAGCAAUGGAAAUGGCCACAGCCACCAUCCAGACAUUGAGGCUAAUUUACAAAUGCUGGCUCACGUUGCCAACGAUCCACCGGCUGUCAAACGUGAACGAAUCUCCAGUCCCGACCACCAUCUUGUCGACAGCUACCGUUAUCAGAGUAGGUCCAACUUUGUGAAACAAUUUGUUGAGGCUAUUAUUGACGGCGUCUCUCCAUUGAUAGUGAACGGUGGUCAAUUGACGCCAACCAGCCAGCAUUCCGUGCCUAGUCCCGCUGAAGAAGAUGGCGACCAUCCGGCCACCAGUUCGGCCGGUUCUUCUACUUCCCGUAAAUCGGGUACCUCAUCGCCUGCUCAAUUCCAUGUACCUGCUCAUCUUAAUGUGCCAUCAACCGCUGAAAAUAAUAAUAAUAAUGCUUCCUCGACGACAUCGCUCGUCAGCUACGCUCAAAGUCCUAGUACCGUUUUGGCUAAACCUGUAGAAAGCUUUGUGGCCGCUAUGCAUCAAGUUCUACAGGGAUCGCCCCAGUGUUCAUUAGCCGACGCCGCUCAACUUAUUCAGCUCAAUGAUCUCACGACGUGCCUUCACUCGCUCCUCGAUCUUCACAAAAAGUCCCUCGUUGUUUCUGAAUUGAAAAUGCCAGUCCCCGAUUUGCAAAAACCUGCCCCUAUUUUCAAAGGUACCGCAGUUGUGGAUGGACAGUUCAAGGAAAUCUCACUCGAAGACUACAAGGGCAAAUACGUCAUCUUGUUCUUCUACCCCCUUGACUUCACAUUUGUUUGCCCCACUGAAAUCAUUGCCUUUUCCGAACGUGCUGACGAGUUCCGAGCAAUCAACUGCGAACUAAUUGCCUGCUCGACCGACAGCCACUUUUGUCAUUUGGCCUGGGUCAAUACUCCUCGCAAGCAAGGUGGUUUGGGCUCGCUCAACAUUCCUCUCUUGGCCGACAAGUCAGCCACCAUCUCCAAGUCGUAUGGAGUCUACAAGGAGGACGAGGGUCUCACCUUCCGUGGCCUUUUCAUCAUCGACGAGCAGCAGAGACUCCGUCAAGUCACCAUUAAUGAUCUACCUGUCGGUCGCAGCGUUGAUGAAACUAUGCGUCUAGUCCAAGCUUUCCAAUUCACUGACAAACAUGGAGAAGUUUGCCCUGCUGGCUGGACUCCUGGCAAGAAAUCCAUGAAGGCUGAUCCUGCUGGAAGCAAAGAAUACUUUGAGGCUUCUAACGAAUAGAUUCUGUCCUCUUUACCUGACCUCGGAUAUUCCGCAACUUUAAUUUGUCUUUUUUUUUCCCCCACUUCUCCUGCCACUCUGGCCUCCUAUUGUAGUUUCUAGAUUGAUAAAUAUCAUACAUCACCUCUUCUUGUUAUUACAUGGGUUCAAAAUAAGAUUCAUCAUUCCUAGAGAGAAAAAGGCUAUUAGGCGGAAACGGAUGAUUGCAUGGUGCACAAGAAUGUGUAUCGUUUCCGCCAGCCAUAUUAUGUCUGACUUGUGGCCUACUUUAUAUUUGGUGAUGUAGCUGUGAAAACUUGAGGAAUGCGAAUAAACAAUACAUAUUCAACCCGUAAAUUUCAA